AUGAGCCGGCUUACUAUCAAGAACAUUGAAUUCACAAAAGAGCAGACUCGAAGGAAGUCUGACAGGUAUGGAGAGCUUGCAGCGGGGAUCACAUUCGAGCUGGUCGAGAAGUACAUGCUGAGGAUUCUUGAGCUUGAGGGCUACGAGAAGUGCUGCAUCGUCAAGGUCAACGUUGCGCAAGACAGGUUGAGCCCCGACAGACGUUCGCUCAAGGAGCUUGCGAGGGUGAUGAAUGCGAAAAGGGACUCGCUAAAGAACUUUGCGAUUCUCAAGAGGCUGGGGAGCUUCAGGGUGCAUGAAGCAUGGGAUGAGAAGAGCUACCAGAUCGCCGAUGAUGCUCCAACGCACGUUGAGAAUCUUGUUUGGAAAAGGAAUGCAAGAGGAGAUGCAGACGUCGACGAGGACGGCGAAGAGGAAGUUAAGCGGGAAGAGCAAGAGAGAGAGCAAGGGGAAGAGGACGAGAACGAGAACGAGGAUGACUUGUCGGGCUCACAAGAUGAUCCAAACCCGAACGGGCAUGCUGCGAAUAAACCGGCAGGGGAGAAUCAAGGAUCGGAGCUCAGGGCCAUUCAGGAGGAGUUCAGCCAAGACAUCUCCAACGCUUUGAACGUCCCAACGGCCGACGUCUUUGUGGCCCACAGCAGCUCUAUUGCAGCUGGAGGCAGCAACAAGCUGAGUUUCCUCUUGACGAUCAGAGACAGGCGAGGGAGGGAGAAGGUCAAGGAGAGUUUAAUGAAGUUGAAGAUUCUGCAGCAGAACAAAAGUCCUUCUAUGAUGGGAGUUGUCUCCUCCCUGAUCAAAGUCAUCAUCAUCCACCAACUUGCGCAAUCUGUUCCUGUCAAGGAGAAGAAACCCAAGGAAACACACAAUCUUGACGACGAGAAUUGGAAUGAAGCAAGAGACCUUCUCAUACGCAUCUACUGGCUCGACGGAGCCAGAAGGAUAGUAAGAUCCUCGCACAACCUCAAGUCCACCGACUCCAUGAGAAAGCUUUGCAACAUGCUGAUGGAGACAAUGCUGAAGAUCGUUAUCCACGACGAGGAGGAUCGCUUCCAGACUGCCUACCCGAAGCAUUCCCCUUACCUCACUACCGUCAGGAAGUCAGGCAACACGUGGGAUGUGACGACUCCGUUUGUCCUAACGAGGACACCAAGGGUGGAGGAGGAGCUGAUCUUGAACACAAGGACCAACGUGCACCUGCAAGUCUCCGAAGCGAUCAGGCCUGCGGGCAUCAUGGCCGACGUCACCGAGAGUGUCACGUUCUACGUCUCCUUCCUCGACCGCAAGAGUCCCCUCUGGCCCACCAUGAAGGGAAAUCUCUCUACAGGAGACGUCGCUGGGCAGCGCCAUGGCUGGAAGCAGAAGAAGGAGGAUGACGAGGAGAGGCUGUCGGAAGUAUCCCUAGACACUUUCUUCCACGGAGCUGAGGAGAGGAGGGCCUCUGCUGACCCUCCACCUGGGAGUCUCGAGCUGAGAAAUCCCUCCGGGGACGAGGAGUGGAAGGAGGUCAGGACGAGAGGAAGGUGGAACGAGAGGUCUUCGAUCGGGAACCUGCGUAUCCUUGAGAGGUCAGGAGAGGCUUCUUGUGCCCUCAUCAGUUGCUGA